UGUCAAAAACAGCGUUAUAGAUUUUUAAACGAGUAUUUCUAUUGUCACACAUUUAACUAUGAAAAUAUACUAAAAUUAUUGUGUAUCGUAGGUGCAUAAUUUACAUCAGCAUAGGCUGGCCCCAUUGUGUAAUUAUAGAAUAAUCUCCGUUUUAUUUCCAAAAUCAUAGCGGAUGCAGUCGUGGUGCCAUCAUGAGCUUGACCAGGCUUCACUUCCUGGCAAGAACCUGAGAAGGAGCCGAUAACGUCCGAGAAGAGGAAGGUGUUACUAACUGAUAGCUGUAUUUUAACAAAGGAAAAACGAACUUUGCCUGACACCUGCUGUCGUUUGGUGAGGGGAGCAGUGAGCAGCAGCGGUGGCCGUGCCUGGGAAUCAUUGUUGGUGAUUUAACCCCCAAUUCCAACCUUUGGUGCCAAGUGUCAAGCAAGGAGAGGGAGAUGUUGACCGCGUCUUGACAGUGACAUUGGAAGCAACAAGCGAGCACCACAGAGAGCCGACUCGCCAUGGCUGCCAGGCACCAGAAACAAGCAGACACCUUAGACGGUGCCAUGGAGUCCAAAAGGACCGACCUACGAGCCAAGGAGAAAAAGUGCUCUUGGGCCUCCUACAUGACCAAUUCGCCAACUGUGAUUGUGAUGAUUGGGUUGCCUGCUCGAGGGAAAACCUACAUGUCCAAGAAGCUGACACGCUACCUCAACUGGAUUGGUGUACCGACUAAGGUAUUCAACCUCGGAGUUUAUAGGAGAGAAGCUGUGAAGUCGUACAAGUCGUAUGACUUUUUCAGACAUGACAACGAAGAAGCCAUGGAAAUUAGAAAACAGUGCGCUUUAGUGGCACUGCAGGAUGUUAAGGCCUAUCUGAGCGAGGAAGGAGGGCAGAUUGCUGUUUUUGAUGCAACCAACACCACUAGAGAGAGGCGGGAGCUUAUCCUGAAUUUUGCAAAGAAUCAGGCAUACAAGGUGUUCUUUGUCGAAUCAAUAUGUGAUGAUCCAGAUGUUAUUGCUGCAAACAUCCUGGACGUAAAGGUGUCCAGUCCAGACUACCCAGAGAGGGACAGGGAAAGUGUCAUGGAAGAUUUUCUCAAGAGAAUAGAGUGUUAUAAAGUAACUUAUCAACCUUUGGAUCCAGAUGAACAUGACAAGAAUUUGUCAUUCAUUCAAGUUAUCAACGUUGGCCGCCGUUUUCUGGUCAACAGGGUUCAGGAUUAUAUUCAGAGUAAAAUUGUCUACUACCUCAUGAACAUCCACGUUCACUCUCACUCCAUCUACCUCUGUCGACAUGGAGAGAGCCAUCACAAUCAGCAAGGACGCAUCGGCGGAGACUCUGAGCUCUCAGACCGAGGGAAAGAGUUUUCAGCCGCAUUGAGAGGUUUCGUAGAAGAACAUCGUCUGUCAGACCUGAAAGUGUGGACCAGUCAGCUGAGGCGCACCAUUCAAACUGCCGAGGAACUGCGUGUUCCCUACGAGCAGUGGAAGAUCCUCAACGAGAUUGAUGCUGGAGUGUGUGAAGAGAUGACCUACAAAAUGAUUGAAGAAACAUACCCGGAUGAGUACGCCAUGAGGUACCAGGACAAGUACCACUACCGCUAUCCUGGAGGAGAAUCCUACCAGGACCUGGUCCAGAGACUGGAGCCCGUUAUCAUGGAGCUGGAGCGACAGGGCAAUGUGCUGGUCAUUUGUCAUCAGGCUGUCAUGCGCUGCCUGCUCGCCUACUUUCUAGACAAGAGUGCAGACGAUCUUCCAUACUUGAAGUGUCCCCUCCACACUGUGCUCAAACUCACCCCUGUGGCUUAUGGUUGUAAAGUGGAUAUGUUUGACCUGAAGGUGGAGGCUGUCAACACUCACAGGGACAGACCAUUUAUUAAAGUGCGAGGAGACGCGACGCCAGCUUUCUACCGCAGGAACAGCUUCACGCCGCUGUCCAGCCAUGACCAGAUCAAGCGGCCACGCCUUUACAGCAUGGGCAACCCUCCGCAGCCUCGUAUGUCCCACGCUCCCGCUUUAUCCAGCAUGCAAUUUUUGGAGGCAUCUGAGGGCGUGGAGCAGCAAGAAAGUGAGGACUCAUUGAAUGGCAUUAAUGCUACAGACAAGGACAACUGUACAGGCAUUUAAAGAAAAGGUGCUUCCAUCUAGUUUUGAAGUACCAGUAGAAAGGAAAAAACAAGUUGCCACUAUAUAUCAGAUUUAUAACACCAAAAGACUUUAAGUUUGCAAGUAAAUAGAUAUGUUUAAAAUAGUAUCAAUCUCACUGAGAUUUGAGAGCCAUUUUGAGAGGUAAUGAGCAUGCCAGUCAUGUGAUCUGUGACGUAGAGGUAGGAACCACAUAUUCCUGCCCCAUUAAUAACAAUGCAAAUAAUGCAGACUUUGUGAGAGCCUACAACGAUUACUUUGUGAAAAAUUAUGAUCAGAACCGUAUCAUUUUUAGCCUGAAUAUAUGGAGGAUGAGCUACAAGUUUUAGAAGCUGUGUGCUAAACCUAUCAAGCUUUAGUGAAACACUAAACAUCAUGUUGGACCCUGACUUAAACAAGUUGAAAAACUUAUUCGGGUGUUACCAUUUAGUGGUCAAUUGUACGGAAUAUGUACUUCACUGUGCAACCUACUAAUAAAAGUAUCAAUCAAUCAAUCAAUCAAUGUAGCUGUCUCGCUAAGUGCUUCACAAGAAAUACAGAUUACGAACGUAAUAAAACGAUUACUUACUGUACAUUGUCUGCUGUCACUGCAAUGAUGACUGAUAGGAUCUCCAUAUUGUCCCGUUUAGAUGAAGAAUUAUAAUUAAUCUUGAUCCACACGAACGGUUCCUGCCUGCAGACGCUAUCUGCAGGCAGACGCUAUCUUCAGUUGUCGUGUCGUUGUCUCCGGGUAUGAAUUGAAUGUCACAGUUGAACAAUUUCCAUAUUUAUAGCUAAAUCCUCCUACUAUCCAGAUGAGAGGCAUGAUUUAUAAUCUAGAACAACUUUGACGAGCCCAGAGACGAUGCAGCAGCAGCAACAACAGUAGCAGGCUCAAUGCUGCGGCUUAAGCUAAUAGUUAGCUCUCUGUUAUCAAUGCGCCGAUAAAAAAAAGUUUGUCUUUGUUAGCGCUUAUAAUAACAAUAUCGCUAAUGUUUGGUAAAUAUUCAGGUUACGUUAUAUGAUUAAAGUAUUGUUGGCGGGUAUUAUUAGGAGGGCUUUGUGGGUGGAAUAGAGAGCCCCCAUUGACUCAAUUGUUAGAGGAGUUUCUAUUUAUUUAUUUAUGAAAAAUGUUUUACAUAGGGAUUGUGAAUUAUAGACCUCACAUCUCUUUCUAACUUUGGCAUAUUUCCAAUGUGGAUAUGGUCAGAGUGCGGAAGUGUUCCUAUCGUGACGUCAUCCCACCCCGAAUCGACAGAAAUGGCAGAAAACAUUCGGAGCGGAAUAUUCUAAAUGCCUGUCUGAAAUGGUGACAUUUUGUGAUGUUUAGACAGUACUUUCACAUACUUGUCGGAUUGAAAAUACAAUUGGAUAUGGUUGAAUUGAUAAAACGAUAAGACAAAGUCAGCUUGUUUUCCCAUUUUACUGGUACUUUAAGGGACACCGAUGCCCCAGCUUUUCUUCAUGUAUGCACUUCUUCCUGCAAGGAUUCUGCAUUUAAAACCUCCUUAGCACUCUAUUAGUUGAUCUUAAUAAUGUUGCAUGUGGUGAGUCCAUAUCACUGUACAAAUCUGUCACAAAAAAGGCUUAAUCCAUUAAUUGUUUUUAACUUAUACUGUUAAUUGUAUUGCUGCAGUAACACACUGAGCGUGUCAAUGUGUAGUUGUACACAUGCGUUGAAAUCAGAAUCAGCUUUAUUGGCCAAGUUAAGUAUAUUUAACAUAAUUAAUUUUACUCUGUAGGCUGCUCUCGUUGUUCGCUGUUAACAAAAAAUAUUAAUUAAAGAAAUCAACUAAAACUAUAAACAAGUAUUUAAAUAACUAAUAUGUGCAAGACUAAUACAUAAUAUUGCACAGUGGUGAAUAGAGCAAAGAGCAAAAAGAUGAUAACUGAGUUAGUACAUUCACAGUGACAGAAUAAUUCCAGAGUUAUUUCACAGUGUUCAUCAGAUUGAUAGCCUGGGGAAAAAAACUGUUCUUACGACGGAUUGUUUUGGCGUACUGUGAUGUAUAACCCCUGCCAGAGGGAAGGAGUUUGAAUUGUUUGUGACCAGGGUGUGUGGGGUCUGCAGUGAUGCUACCUGCCCAUUUCCUAACCCCGGACUGGUAUAAGUCAUGAAAGGAUGAAGGUUGACAACGAUGAUUUUUUUCUGCAGUCCUAAUUGUCCGUUGCAGUCUGUAUCUGUCCAGUUCGGUUGCAAAUCCAAACCACAUAGUGAUGGAGGUGCACAGGACAGACUGAAUGAUAACGGUGUAGAACUUGAUCAGCAGCUCCUAUGGCAGGUUGGACUCCUUGGGCUGAUGCAGGAAGUACAUCCUCUGCUGUACCUUCUUUCUGAUUGUGUCUAUUUGGGAUGUCCACUUCAGGUUCCGCUUUGCUGUUCAGAGUAGUUCAGAGUUCUCCUUAAGUCCACUGUCAUCUCCACAGUCUUGGGCAAGUUCAGCUCCAGUUGGUUCUGACUGCAUCAGAGAGCCAGCUGUUCCACUUUCAGUUUGUAGGCAGACUUGUCGCCCUCCUGUAUAAGACCGAUGACAGUGGUGGUGUCUGCAAAUUUCAAGAGUUUCACAGAAGGAUCCCCUGUGGACACAGUUGAGGGAGAAGAGUAAUAGGGAGAGAACAUACUCCUGGGGUGCGCCAGUGCUGAUUGUCCGGGUGCUGGAUGUGAUGCUCUCGAGCCUUACCUGCUGCCUACUGUCAGUCAGGAAGUUAUUUUACUGACAUGUGGAGGCUGGCACUGUGAGCUGGGUGAGUUUACAGUGCAGUAUAUCCGGGAUGAUGGUGUUAAAUGCAGAGCUGAAGUCCACGAACAGGAUCCUAGCAUGGGUCCCUAGGGAGUCAAGGUAAUGCAGUAUGUGGUUCAGUCCCAUAUUGACUGCAUCCUCCACCCACCUGUUUGCCACUUGGGCAAACUGCAGGAGGUCCAGCAGGGGGCCAGUGAUGUCCUUCAGGUGGCACCGGUUACCAUUUCCAGAGAACUGUAUGUGUCUAUUUCCUUUGUUUGUCUCUGUCAUCUUACAACACAUUCUUUCUAGUGGUGGGCAGGCUCAAGAGGAAAGCUGUAGAUUUGCACAUUGAUUUACAGUAGCUGUUCACGUGUGUGUUGGCUUGAUCCUGACUUGUAGUCUUCAUUAAUGAUUAAACAAAUGUAGAAUGUCACGAUAAUACUUUAAGGGAAACAUGUAAAAGUGGGUCCUGUGCUCGUAAACCCUCAGAGAGCUUUAAGCCUUACAAUGUAACACAAUUCUGCACCUAAUAGUCAUCUUUUCCAUGUGAGAAGAAAUAGGUUUUGCCUUCAACUGUGACAGAUUGAUUUUUUUUUCACUUUCACAAAGUCUGAUUGAAACUGAUUGUCCUAAAGCAAGAAUUGUAUUGUUUUUAAUGAAAUCUUAGUUUAGAGGGGUCAUAUGAUGAUUUUUUUUCUGCGUUUAAAACACUUCCUUGUGGUCGACAUAACAUGUAAUGGUGUUUUUUUGGUCCGAAUUUUGCAUCUGCAGUCUUAUUUACGUGCCUCCAUUUCAACGGCGACUUGCCAUUUUGUAGUUUUUAGCGCUUCCAUAGCAAGGCUAAUGACAGAUAUAAGUUCGAACAGUACGCUACUUUUUAUUAGAAAUGGCAACAGCAACUACAACGGGGCAAAGGCUCUUUGGGUAAAUUUGUACCAUGUAAGGAGAUAUCUGCUGACGUCACAAUUGGAAUAAACGUCACAAAUUGGGAACAUUCCAAACAGCUUUUUGGAGGAAGUAUGAAGGAAGGCAAGAUUGUUUUAUAAAUAUCUCCACCAUGCUUCAUCAGGAUUUAUGCAGAUCCCAAAUACACAAAAGCAGGUACCAAUACGUAAGACAUUUUGUUCUGCAUAAUAGGGCCAAGAAUAGCUGGUAUCAAAGGUCAAAUGUUUCUUGUCUACUAGUCAGAAUUAUUCAGCUGUUUUUCAAACCUAAACAUUUAAAAAGCGAUCUUACCUUAGAUGUUAGAUGCAGCUAAGGCCAGAGGUUAUACAUAAACUUGCAUGUGAUUGUGAGAGUUUGUGCUAUCCAAAAUGCAAUGGCAAUGGUCACCAGUUGUGACGUGUUAUGUUUUUCUUUAUAAAGACCAGACAAUCACUCUGUUCACACAGAUGAAUAUUAUCUAGCACAGGGCCUUUGUAUAACAUGAUAUGAGAUGCAUAUUCAAAUAUAUACUGUUGAGUGUUUUUUAGAUUUUGUUGGAAUCUUUUUGUGUGCCUUUUUAGUGAUAUUUAAUCACUCCCAAAGAAUCACACAGCUUUGCAUGUUUUUGUAUUUAUCUCAGAGCACCGGUGUCAAAUAUACAUGAAUAAAUGUGUAUUAUUUCAUUCAAUUUAAACAAUAUCACAUUAAAUUGUACAUUUCCCCUCUGUCUGAUUUUUGUGGUAAUGUGUUUUAACCCAUUUAAGAAUCCAUCCAUCCAUCCAUUUUCUACCGCUUAUUCCCUUCGGGGUCGGGGGGCGCUGGAGCCUAUCUCAGCUACAAUCGGGCGGAAGGCGGGGUACACCCUGGACAAGUCGCCACCUCAUCGCAGGGCCAACACAGAUAGACAGACAACAUUCACACUCACAUUCACUCACUAGGGCCAAUUUAGUGUUGCCAAUCAACCUAUCCCCAGGUGCAUGUCUUUGGAGGUGGGAGGAAGCCGGAGUACCCGGAGGGAACCCACGCAGUCACGGGGAGAACAUGCAAACUCCACACAGAAAGAUCCCGAGCCCGGGAUUGAACUCAGGACUACUCAGGACCUUCGUAUUGUGAGGCAGACGCACUAACCCCUCUGCCACCGUGCUGCCCCCCCAUUUAAGAAUCAUUCCACACAAAAUUGCACAUUGCUUGGUAAGUUCUGAAUACUGUUUGUUUUUUAACUUUACUGUCAUUAACAGCCAACUAAGUUGGGAGGGGCAAGAUGAGACAAAUACGGAGAUAUGUGUCUGAGAAUUUAAUCUGCAGCUUUUGAUGCUUUAAAUGACAGGGACAAAAUCCUUUACUGAUUAUACAGAUAGAUACUGUAAAUAGUGGAACAAUUGAACACAUAUGGAAAGAUCUAAAACAUGUAUUGUACAUGAAUAGUGGGACAAAAUAUUAGCUUUAAGGGUACUGUUAUGUACAGGCCAGUUUUAUUAGAUUAAAAAACAACAUUUAACCACAUUAAAAGCAAUGUCUUCUAACAAUUUCCAUUUAAUGACUUAGAGUAAAUUUCUCUGUAUUUUCACUUCGUCAGUUUUGGGGGUUUCCUUCUUCCUUCAGUUUGUGUGCAUAAAAUGCAUUAGUUGUCCACAAUUGUUACUGUUGUGAAUUUAGGCACAUUUUUAUUGAGUCACUCCAAUACUAGAAUACUUGAUUGUAUAAUGUUAAUAUCUUGCGUUUAUUUAAAAAAUCAAAGAAGACAAAUACAUUUUGGAUUUCUUCAUGAACUGAACUUUGUUGUAAAAGAGUCAAAAAUUGGACAUAAAGGAGUAAAAUUAUGUUUAGUCAUUUAUUGAAAAACUGUGCUUUAAUGAUAAUAACUGUCCUAAUAAAUACGCAAUUCACUGUUUUGUCUUGCGUUCAUUACAACUUGCACUGUAAAGCUGGUUAACGUUCCUCUAUAACAGUGGUUCUUAACCUGGGUUCGAUCGAACCCUUGGGGUUCGGUGAGUCGGGCUCAGGGGUUCGGCGGAGGUCAAAACACCUGACUCAUCGUGAAAAUAAAAACUUCUCCCUAUUGGUGUAUUACGGAUACGGCAACAGCAGCAGUCGCACUGAUUUGCAGGUGUGUAAUUUGUUGUGAGUUUAUGCACUGUGUUGGUUUUGUUGUUUGAACAAGGUGAUGUUCAUGCACAUGAUGGAUGAUAUCUGAUUUGGCAAUGAAAGAUGAUUAAAUAUCAGUGUAGCUGUUGCUGAGAGGUUGCAUGCUUUAAAUAUGUGUCAUAAAUAAAUAUUAAUAAACGAGUUAAUGAUGCAGAGUUAUAGAACAUUAUUAGAAAACGUGCGAUUGUAAAAUCUGAGCUAAAUGUAUUGUGUUAAUUGUGUUUGUGUUGCAAAGCGGAACGAUUGUUGUGAUGUUGCGACCCCACGGACUGUAAACAAGGUAGAACAUGCAAGAGGGGGAGGGAGAGUGCUUGGACACGUUGUCUUCAGCUCCUCGAAAGCUUUACGUGUAUUCGAUGAUUUGUGUCCAACUUCAAGCAAGUGAUUAUUAUUAGAACCUCUUUUCGUUACAAGCAGCCAACGAGUUCUCACGGCGUGGAUACAGCAAGAAGGAGUCGUCAAUAAACGCCCGUUUCACAAAAAAGAACUUUCCUGUGUUGCCGUGUAUCGAAAGGAACUAAAAUCAGUAUCAUCUCUUCUGGUUGCCACUCAAAGUACUGGGUUGCAAAAGGUUCAGUUCCGUAUCUUCCCCACGGUGUCUUGGCUGAAUGAGCGUGUAUCGGACGCAUCCUCGCUCCUCCAUGCAGACUGGACGCUGGCAGAGAAUUGCUGGGCAGCCGAGGGUGGAGUCUGCUGUCUUGGUUGCUUUGUUGGGGAUGCUCAUGUUUCUGGCCGUACGCCCCCCGCUCCAUGUGACGAUGGCGUUGAACACCGCAGAGGCCACCGCAGUGUGUAUGGGUGUUGAAAUCAUGUCUUUGUUUGGUUGCUUGUCAACGCAUUGUGCAAUCCUGUGUGCGGGAUGUAUGACGGCUGAAACUUUUUUGUUUUUGUUUGGUUUACUUGUGUGCAUGUGUGUAGGAAUGGCAGUGCUGGGGUGACAGCUGGUUGCAUCAGCUCUGCUCUUUUUUAAUGUCUAAUGUCCUUUGUGUUCUUUGAUGUUUCCCUCUUACACACGUGUUUAUGUGUGCUAUGGCUAUGAGGUUUGUUUUCCCUUGGCCUUAAUCUGGACCCCCUCUCCAGGGGCCCAGGCUUAGAUUGAAUAUUUUUUUCUUUCUCACCCCAGCGUUAACCUGUUUCUCACCUUUUUUGUAAGGGGUGCCAUAAAUUGGCAGACCCGUUAGCGCUCCUGUUCUGUCUCCCUGUAAUGUUUGUCUGCUCUUGAAUGGGAUUGUGCUGAAAAUCUUAUUUUCCCCUCGGGGAUUAAUAAAGUAUUUCUGAUUCUGA